AAGAAGGAAAACCAAGCUGGAAAAUAGAUUUUAAAUUAGAUGUUUGUCGAAAUUAAAUGUCUUUUGAAGACAAAGCUGAUAGACAUUUGUUCGAAAAUGUUGGACAUCUAAAUGUAAUUCUUUAAAACUAACUGACUGUUUAGAUAGUUUAUAUACCUUGAUAGCCCAUUCCUUGAAUUUUCACUGUAAAUUUUUUCUAUUUUACUAUUUACUUUGUAGCCCUUUGAUCGCUCUCUUUCUCUCUGUUGUCGAAACCCCCAUGGAAAAUAUUUGCAAGGCUAAUGACAUUCGUUCGAUAGCUUUUGCGUUUCAGUCGGGCUUCAGUCCGAAUCGAACUUUGGCGGAAGAGAAAUGACAUCGAUCCUGCUGGCCGUCCUAUCCACCAUCUGCACCGGGAUGUCCAACUUCGUCAGGGCUAAGCUUCCGUUCAUAGUCGAAGCAGCCAUGGUGGUGCUCUGCUUCGCCUCCAUCGUGGGACGCUACUGCAUAGUGCUCUAGCCCGAAACCAAAAGAUCGGAGAUCGAAAACUCGGGGACUCGUUAUGUGAAUCGACGGAACUUUGUAUAUAUAUUUUUAUGUGGAUGUGUCAUGUGUGGCCUUAUGUGAAUACAAACUAGUUGCUUAAAAUUUAAA